AUGAUAGGUCAGUUUCAGAUUCCUCAAAAUUACGCCACUUCGUUGCAUCACCAACCACCUUACAUGCUGCAAAAUCCUGCAGCAUUUUCCCGGCCGCCAACAUUCAAUGUCCAUCCGCCUUGCCCUGUGAAUCACAUAGGUUGGGUUAAAUGGAACGGAAACAAACUUGAGAGACGCAACGACAAACGCCAUGUAAACCCUAACGAUUCAUCAAAGACAAAUGGAUUCACAAGCAAGUUUCGACGAUUUGACUUUCCAAAGAGGAGGUUUACCAGUGGCGGACGUUUCUACCCUCCGUUAGCACCGCGCAAUACAACAUCGUUCAUAAUCCGUGCAAAGAAAUCUGGCGGCAUAGCUUCUCUGGUGUCUCCUUGUGCGACAACUCCGGCGAUCUUGACAACGCCGAUGUUGUCGCCGUCGACAGAGGUGGUUGGGGAGAUGGCGAAGGAAAAGUGGGGAGUUGAUGGAUAUGGUACAAUGAAAGGCCUAAUUCGUGUUCGGUCGGUGAAAGAAAAUUUUGAAGAAGAUGAAUAUAAUGGCGGGGAACAUUUGGAAGUAGAGAAGCGAUUGAACACUGAUUUGAGGAGGUUUGAGAUGGUAUAUCCAAGUGAAAAUAGUUUAGAGAAUAGGGUUGACGAACAGGAAUUGCAUAUUAUACGUCUUGAAGAACAAAAUCUAAUACUUAAGGAAAAAAAAUUUCUCAUUAGAGAUGAAUUAGAUGAAUUGAGACGGCGUGUUUUAUGCUUGGAAACAGAAGUAAUAAAAUUGCAAAAGUUCAACCGAGAAGAUGUUUGCUAG